UUGAACGAUGUAGUGUGGUGGCAGGUGUGAGAUGUCACACAACAACAUAACAACAUUCAUUCAGUAACUGAAGUGUCGCGUAUGACCCUGUCUGUUUUUUCAGCAUGAUGGAGCCUGGUUUAGAAAUGUCAGCCAUGAUUCCUGCUUUGCAGGAACUUGGAAGUGCCGGUGCGACGGAGUACAACAGCGUAGUGCAGAAACCGCGACAAAUCCUUUGUCAGUUCAUUGACAGGAUACUGACGGAUGUUGAUGUCGUUGCCUUGGAGUUAGCCAAGAAGGGCAAUUCUGCCCCGGCCUGUGUUAUGCUGUUAGACUUUGUCCAGCACAUCAUCAAGUCGUCACCCCUGAUCUUCGUUAACCCCGCCUGCCAGCUCGACCGCUUCAAGGACGUGGAGCACAGCUGCACUGAUUUCAGUAAGUGGAUGAUUGCGCGUCUUCUGCGUAUUGCCGCCGCGCCCGAAUGCGAGCGCCUGCAUCAGAAGAUCGCGUCGGUCAUCGGCUCGCUCCUGCACCUCCUCCGAGCGAAGAGCCCCGUUAUCUUCGGGGCGCUCGCCAGGGAGCUGAUUGUCCUGUCCCAGGAUCUGGUGGAAGCGCACAGGAGAGGCUCUCCGGGUAAAUCCGGCGGGGGUUCCUCAGCAUGGCCUGUGGUGGUCAGUAGGUUCACGGUGACGGCGGUAGGCGCGGCAGGGUACCUGACGCCGUCCACCCUGCAGCUGACAUGUGGGCUCGCCGCAGAAACGCUGGACGUCACGACACUGACGGUCCUGACGGACAUCCUGCGGGGGGUCUUCUCCCCGAGAGAGGCCGGCGCCGCCUGGGAAGCGGGCUGCUCCAAGAUGGCGUACGGGAGCCCCCGGCUGAGAAGCGCUGCCAUGGCGCUGCUAACGCACGCCACAGAGCUCGGCGGCUUCCCCGAAAGGCGGGCGCAGGCCUUCAUCUCCGCCUACCUGCGCGUGCUGGGCUCCCUCCGGGCCGCCCGCCCGUCGGACCUGCACCUCUACGGGCGCGAGCUCCGCAGGAUGACGGGUCGUGUCUUCGCCCCCGGGCGGGAAGCCCACGCCAGGUUCGAGCGGGCCCACCUCAACGCCCUGAUGGAGAAGCUCCACGAGCUCCUGGUCGGCGGGCUCCUGGAGGGGCUGGAGUCGGAGGAGGUGAGGGCGACCCUGUGCGAGCUCUUCCGCUUCCUCCUGGGGUCCGUCCCGCCGGGGUACGAGUCCGCGGCGCAGAUCAGGAAGGGCCGGGUCAACGACAUCUGCAGAGCCCUCAUCCAGACCAUUGGAUCUCAGGCACACAUGGAGUACCUAGAAGGGUACCUGUUCGCUGCCCUGAAGGCUGAAGGGAUGGCCCUUCUCCAGGAGGGCCACAGCAGCUCCUCUGACUCAGAUGAGGCCGAUAGGAGCGGGAACACCAUUCCCGCCAAAAGGCGGUGCCUGUCUGUCCCAUCCCAGUCAAGCAAGACACCCAGAACCCCUGAGGUCGAGACGGAUAUGAAGCAGAACAGUGAGGUGUGGGCCUCCGUGCACGGCCGGCUGGAGGACCUGGUGACCCGGCUCAAGGACCAGGACGUCCCCGAGGCCGUCUGCGCCCUGGAGGGGGUGGCGGUCAUCGUACACCUGGCUGCCCUCUGCUCCGCCCACUGCCACUGCAAACCCAUGCUCAGGUACGGCCACCUACGGCAGGACGCCCCGGCCCCGGCCCAGCUGAUCUGGGUCCAGCCCCGGACGCUGGGCCAGGUGGUGGAGAGCUGCCGGUCCAUGCUGGCCAACGACCGCGAAGACCGGCUGGAGCACUACAUCGACCGAACCAUCAGGAUCCUGGACGCCAUUCUCUACAUGAACCUCGGCAGCCAGAGUGAUGUGGGCCUUCAUAAGAGUGUGUGCGCCCUGCUCUCCCUGCCCUGGGUGUGUGAGCACUCCUCACACCCCUCCUAUCAGUCGGCCGGCUUCUCCUCCAACUUGCUCAGCCUCAGCCAGAAGCUCUCCAGCUCUUUCUCACCUGAGACGCAGGCGCGCUGUGUGUACCUGCUGUCCCUGCUGCCGAAGAAGACGUGCGCGGAGUGGCGGGCGUGUGUGUACCGCUGGGCCCUGCAGAGCCCGAGCGAGGCCGUGAGGAGCAGCGCCGUCAGGGGCUUCCCCGGCCUGCUGCACCACCUCGGGACCAAGGCCCACAGCCUGAUCCACGAGACGCUGCUGAGUAAGCUCCAGGACUCCUCCGUGCAGGUGAAGAAGGAGCUGGCGGGUAUCACCGGGCAGCUGGCCUGCUGUCUGGCAGUGAACUCCCAGCUCAGGCUGCCGCAGGCAGAACCUGUCUCUCCAGAGACCUUCCUCUGCACCUGGCUCUCCGUCGAUGCUGUGCACUCCGGCAAGGCCACCACCAUUGGAGCCUCCAUUUUCACACCCUUCCUGGCACUCCUCAAACCUAACGUCGACAGCACAGUGAAACUAGCAUUCAUAGAGAACAUCCCCCGCCUGUGCAAACACCUGGACCUGGGCCACGGCGAUCCUGACACCAAGGCCCUGGUCAGCUCUCUGGUGGGCCUGAUCGAGGACCCGGCGGAGGAGGUCCGCAUGAGCUUCAGCAAGGGCAUUAAGCACCUGCUGGAGUCCUGGCAAGGGGACGGCUACCUGAGAGAGCUCCUCGUUUCUCGGCUGAAGGAGGCUUACGUUAACGCCAAAGCCCAAAGGAACAACGAGGUGAAGAACACGCUGAUUUUCACCACGGGGGAGAUCGGGAGGGCUGGUAAGGGGAACCUUGUAUCCUUCGCCCUGCUGCGCCUCCUCCACUGCCUGCUGUCCAAGUCCGCCCAGGUGUCAGUGGCGGCCUACAGUGAGAUCCGGGCCCUGGCUGCUUCCAGGGAUCUGAAGCUGCAGGCGUUCUUCAGCCAGUACAAGAACCCAGUCUGCCAGUUCCUGGUGGAGUCUCUGCACUCGCGCCAUGCGGCCGCGCUCCGGAGCACCCCGGACCAGAGCAGCGAGGCCCUGCAGGAGGAGGCCGCUCACCAGAGGGAGCUGGCGCUCGACAUCCUGUCCCAGAUCGCCCACGUCUUCGACUUCCCCGACCUCAACCGCUUCCUCAACCGCACCCUGCAGGUGCUCCUGCCCUACCUGGCGGCCAAGGCCAGCCCCACGGCCUCGGCGCUCAUCCGCACCAUCGCCAAGCAGCUCAACGUCAACCGCCGGGAGAUCAUCAUCAACAACUUCAAGUACAUUUUCUCCCACCUGGUGUGCUCCUGCACCAAGGACGGGCUGGAGAGGGCCUUCCACUACCUCAAAAGCGAGACGGAGAUCGAGCUGGGCAGCCUGCUCCGGCAGGACUUCCAGGGCCUGCACAACGAGCUGCUCCUGCGCCUGGGGGAGCACUACCAGCAGGUGUUCAACGGCCUGGCCAUCCUGGCCUCCUUCGCCUCCGGAGACGACCCCUACAAGGGCCCCCGCGACAUCACCACGCCCCAGCGCAUGGCAGACUACCUUCAGCCCAAGCUGCUGGGGAUCCUGGCCUUCUUCAACAUGCAGCUGCUCAGCUCUAGCGUCGGGGAGAAGGACAAGAAGAAGAUGGCGCUGAGCAGCCUGGUGGCCCUGAUGAAGCUGAUGGGGCCGAAGCACAUCAGCGCAGUGAGGGUGAAGAUGAUGACCACGCUCAGGACCGGCCUGAGAUACAAGGAUGAUUACCCUGAGCUCUGCUGCCAGACCUGGGACUGCUUUGUGCGCUCCCUGGACCCCUCCUACCUGGGACCCCUCCUCAGUCACGUGAUGGUGGCUCUGCUGCCCCUCAUCCCCAUCCAGCCCAUGGAGACGGCCGCUGUCAUGUACCACCUGAUCGUGGAGAACAGAGAUGAAGUGCAGGACUUCCUCCAUGAGAUCUACUUCCUGCCCGAUCACCCGGAGCUGAAGGAGAUCCACAAGGUCCUGCAGGACUACAGGAAGCAAACUUCCAAAAGCACGGACCUGCAGGCAGCUCUGCAGCUCUCCAUGAGGGCCAUCCAGCACGAGAACCUGGACGUCCGACUCCACGCCCUCACCAGCCUGAAGGAGACCAUGUACAAGCACCAGGACAAGCUGCUGAAGUACGUGCUGGACAGUGAGAUGGUGGAGCCGGUGAUCUCGCAGCUGGUGACGGUGCUGCUGCGGGGGUGCCAGGACAUCCACCCGGAGGCGCGGCUGCUCUGCGGGGAGUGCCUCGGCGAGCUGGGCGCCAUCGACCCCGGCCGGCUCGACCUCUCCACCGCCGACACCCAGGGCGGCGCCGCCACCUUCGUGAGCGGGGUGGAGGACGCCAACUUCGCCUAUGAGCUGCUGACGGAGCUGACCAGGGCUUUCCUGGCCUACGCUGACGACGUGAGAGCGCAGGACUCCGCGGCCUACGCCAUGCAGGAGCUGCUGGCGAUAUUCGAGUGCCACGAGGGCCGGAGCGACUCCGCGGGCCGCCGGCUGUGGAGGCGCUUCCCAGAGCAGGUCCAGGAGAUCCUGGAGCCCCAUCUCCACAGCAGGUACAAGAGCUCUCAGAAGGUGGUGAACUGGUCCAAGCUGAGGAAGCCCAUCUACCUGAGCAGCCGCAAGUUUGCCGAUUGGUCAGCGACAUGGGCGGGCUAUCUGAUAAGCAAAGUCAGGCAUCCGCUCGCCAGCAAGGUGUUCAACUGCUGCAGUUUCAUAAUAAAGCACGACUACAAAGUGACCAUAUAUCUGCUGCCUCACAUCCUGGUGUACGUGCUCCUGGGGUGUUCGCAGGAAGACCAGCAGGAGGUGAACGAGGAGAUCAUGGCGGUGCUGCAGGAGGACGACUCCCGCGCAGCCCGUCUGCGGGAGAACGCGUGCAGUCUCAGCCAGCUCAGCACCCAGACAGUCUUCUCCAUGCUGGACCACCUGACCCAGUGGUCCCGCCACAAGCUGCAGGCCCUGAACGCCGCCAGGGUCGGGAGCCGGUCCUCCAGAGACCACAACCCCAACAACAACCCGCCGGCUGAGGACAGCGAGUACCUGAGGGUGACGUCCUUCCUUAGCAGCAUCCCCCAGGACGUCCUGGCCAAGGCCUCUUUCCGCUCCAAAGCCUACACGCGCGCCGUCAGGCACUUCGAGUCCUUCAUCAUCGAGAAGAAGCAGAACAUCCACGACCACCUCAGCUUCCUGCAGACGCUGUACGUGGCCAUGCACGAGCCGGACGGGGUGAGGGGGGUGAACGCUCUGCGGAAGGAGGAGCCGUCGCUCCGGGAGCAGAUCCUGGAGCACGAGAGCAUCGGCCUGCUCCGCGACGCCACCGCCUGCUACGACCGCGCCAUCCAGCUGGAGUCCGACCAGAUCGCUCACUAUCACGGGGUCAUGAAGUCCAUGCUUGGACUGGGACAGCUCUCCACUGCCAUUACCCAGGUCAACGGAGUGCUGGCCAACAGGCCACGGUGGAAGUCAGACCUGAACACGUACAGGGUCGAAGCCGCCUGGAAGCUAACCCAGUGGGACCUUCUGGAAGACUAUUUAGCUUCAGACCAGAAGUCCAGCACAUGGAGUGUGCGCCUUGGCCAGAUGCUGCUGGCUGCCAAGAAGCGAGACACGGAGACCUUCUACGAGAAGCUGAAGAUUGUCCGCAAGGAGCAGGUGGUUCCAUUGUCGGCCGCCAGCUUUGAGUGUGGGACGUAUCAGAGGGGAUACGAGUACAUCGUAAGGCUGCACAUGCUGAGUGAGCUGGAGCACGCCUUCACCGACCUGCAGAAGCAGUGGCAGAAGGAGGCGGUCUCACGGGACCGGGAGCAGACCCUCAACUGGCAGGCCCGGUUGGAGAUGACCCAGAACUCAUUCCGGGCCAAGGAGCCCCUCCUCGCCCUGCGCAGGGCCAUCCUCAGCCUCAGUAAGGGGCAGGCUUACGAGGAGCUGGUGGGCGAGUGCUGGCUGCAGAGCGCCCGGGUGUCCAGGAAGGCCGGCCACCACCAGACGGCCUUCAACGCCCUGCUGAACGGCGAGAACUCCCGCCUGUCCGAGCUCUUCGUGGAGAAGGCCAAGUGGCUGUGGUCCAAGGGCGACGUGCACCAGGCGCUGCUGGUCCUGCAGAAGGGGGUGCAGCAGUGCUUUCCUGAGGAGCAGCCUCUCACCGACCCCAAGAGUAUCCGCAUCAAGGGCAGAGCCAUGCUGCUGGUGGGCCGUUUCAUGGAGGAGACCGCCAACUUCGAGAGCAACGCCAUCAUGAAGGCCUACAAGGAUGUCACUGCUCUGUUGCCAGAGUGGGAGGAUGGGAACUUCUAUCUGGCCAAAUACUACGAUAAAGUGAUGCCCAUGGUGACGGACAACAAGCUGGAAAAACAGGGAAACAUGAUCCGCUACAUCGUCACCUACUUUGGAAAGGCACUGCAGUUUGGAAAUCAGUACAUUUACCAGGCCAUGCCUCGAAUGCUGUCCCUGUGGCUGGACUUUGGAGCCAAGGUGUAUGAGUGGGAGAAAGCGGGCCGCGCCGACCGGCUGCAGAUGCGGCAGGACCUGGCCAAGAUCAACGCGGAGAUGAGCGAGCACACGCGCAGCCUGUCGCCCUACCAGUUCCUCACCGCCUUCUCCCAGCUCAUCUCCCGCAUCUGCCACUCCAGCGACGAGGUGUUCGCCGUGCUGCUCGACAUCGUGGCCAAAGUCUUCCUCGCCUACCCGCAGCAGGCCAUGUGGAUGAUGACCGCCGUGUCCAAGUCCUCGUACCCAGUGCGGAUGAACAGGUGUAAGGAGAUCUUGCGGAAGGCGACCAGCCUGAAGGGCUCCCUGGGGAAGUUCAUCGGUGACGCCACCAGGCUGACGGACAAGCUGCUGGAGCUGAGCAACAAGCCGGUGGACGGGAAGAGCCCCACCCUCAGCAUGAGCGUUCACUUCAAGACGCUGAAGCGGCUGGUGGAGGAGCCCACCCUCAGCGAGAUCCUCAUCCCGCUGCAGUCCGUGCUCAUCCCCACGCUGCCCUCCACCGGCGGGGCCAACCCCGACCACGACGCCUUCCCCGGCCACUGGGUCUACCUGGCGGGAUUCGACGACACCGUGGAGAUCCUGCCUUCGCUCCAGAGGCCUAAGAAGAUCUCCCUGAGAGGUUCGGAUGGGAAGUUCUACACCAUGAUGUGCAAACCCAAAGACGACCUGAGGAAGGACUGCAGGCUGAUGGAGUUCAACUGCCUCAUCAACAAGUGCCUGCGGAAGGACGCGGAGUCCAGGCGGCGGGAGCUGCACAUCCGGACAUACGCGGUCAUCCCACUCAACGAGGAGUGCGGCAUCAUCGAGUGGGUGAACAACACCGAGGGCCUCCGGCACAUCCUCACCAAGCUCUACAAGGAGAAGGGUAUAUAUAUAGCAGGGAAGGACUUGCGCCAGUACAUUCUGCCCAAAUCGGCCUCGUUCCAGGACAAGCUGAAGCUGCACCGGGAGGUCCUGUGUGCCCGGCACCCUCCCGUCUUCCAUGAGUGGUUCCUCAGAACCUUCCCCGACCCCACCUCCUGGUACAACAGUAGGUCUGCUUAUUGCCGCUCUACUGCUGUGAUGUCUAUGGUGGGCUACAUCCUGGGCCUGGGAGAUCGCCACGGAGAGAAUAUCCUGUUUGACUCCUUGACAGGAGAGUCAGUUCACGUUGACUUCAACUGCCUCUUCAACAAGGGGGAGACGUUCGAGGUCCCAGAGGUGGUCCCGUUUCGUCUGACCCACAACAUGGUGCACGCCAUGGGGCCCAUGGGCACAGAGGGGCUCUUCCGGCAGGCCUGCGAGGUCACCCUCCGCCUCAUGAGGGACCAGAGGGAACCGCUCAUGAGCGUCCUGAAGACGUUCCUUCAUGACCCCCUGGUGGAGUGGAGUAAACCUGUGAAAGGCCCCCAUAAAACACAGGCCAACGAGUCGGGAGAGAUCCUUAACGAGAAGGCAAAGACCCAUGUCCUGGAUAUCGAACAGCGCCUGCAGGGGGUGAUAAAGAGCAGGAACAAGGUGAUGGGCUUGCCCCUGUCCAUCGAGGGCCAUGUCCAUUACCUCAUCCAGGAAGCCACGGACGAUAAAAACCUGUGUCAAAUGUACCUGGGCUGGGGCCCCUAUCUGUGACCGAUGGCAUUGCAA